AUGAAUGAAACACCUGCAGAUGCAGGCACCAAUGAGGAGGAACCAGAGAAUCUCCUGAAGUCAAAUAUGAAGCCAUCUUACAUACUGAAGGAGCUAAAGGUGCCCCUUAUUGAUCUCCAGACAUGCAGUGACUACUAUCAGAAAGCAAACUUGCAUGGAAUCAAGCCCAUCAUCAGUGAAGAAAUGAUCUGUUCCAAGCUCCCAGUGGGGCAGAUGGAUCAGUGUAUAAAAAUCGGACUCGCCCUAUAUCCUAUGGCUAACACUGUGACAAAGAUGCUGCACUUGAUCUUAGCCAAAAGGCCAAGAAGCAGUAACACUGUGACAAAGAAGGAAACAAAAAAAAUUGGGAAAAAUGAGCCAGUGUGUGGACGACCUGUAUACUCAGGCCGUGUUGUGGGUGGCCAGGAUGCUGUUGCAGGGCACUGGCCUUGGCAAGUCAGCGUGCGCUUGGGCCAGAACCAUGUCUGUGGAGGGUCUCUCAUCAGUGACAGGUGGAUACUGACAGCAGCACACUGCUUAAAAAAGAACUGGAUUCCUUUGUUGUAUACUGUACAGCUGGGAUCGAUUCAGAUAGACCAACCAAGUCAAAGUGUGAAGCAUCGUGUGUUCAAAAUUAUUAUCCAUCCCCAAACUCAACAUACAACUGCAGACAUCGCCUUGUUGAAACUGGUCUCUAGAGUCACCUUUACCUCUUUCAUCCUGCCCAUCUGCUUGCCCCGUAUCACAAAGCAGUUGAAAAUUCCAGCCUCUUGCUGGGUGACUGGAUGGGGAAAGGUUAAAGAAGGUGAAGAUACCGAUUACCCCUCCAUCCUCCAGGAAGCAGAAAUACCCAUCUUUGACCGCCAGACCUGUGAAAAACUCUACAACCCAAUCGGUUCCAUACUGCCAGAAUCAGAACCAGUCAUCCAAGACGACGAGAUAUGUGCUGGUGAUACAGCUAAAAUGAAGGAUACUUGCAAGGGUGAUUCUGGAGGACCUCUGUCAUGUCAUAUUAACGGUGUAUGGACCCAGAUAGGACUAGUAAGCUGGGGAAUAGGCUGUGCUGAAUCUCUCCCUGGAGUCUACACCAGCGUGAUCUACUAUCAAAAAUGGAUUAAGACCACUAUCUCAAGAGCUGAGGUCUUGGGUGCCAAUAAUUUGGACUUACCUGACUUCCUGUACCUUACUGUACUGCUCUCUCUGGCCCUGCUGGGACCCUUCUGUGCCUUUGGGCCUAACACUGUAAGGAGAGUAAACAGUAUAGCUAAAGCCACUGGCCAACGGCUGUCAAACGGCAACCUCCUUUCCCCAAGUCAGGUGAAGUCCGCAGCGUUGAACUUGCUGCUUGCUUUGACGCCCUACAUGACGCCCUAUCACUUGCCCAGCUGGUCAUGCCUUCCUCAGGGGCCUGGGGCCUUUAAGCAGCAGCACCGGCUGCAAUAA